AUGGAUAAACUCGUCCGCGAACGUAAAUCGCUUGAGCCUCGGUUAAAACGAAUUUCGGAGACCGUAGAAAAAUUUAGGCCAGAAGAGGCUGAAGAAAUCGAAGUUCAAAUUGAAUUAGACACUUUAAGUGAGGUGUGGGCAGCCUUUUGUGCCGUACACAAACGAAUUGUCGACGCGAGUGAAAAUGAUGAAGAAUAUGAAGACGCCGUGCAACGGCAGAGCAAAAUUGAGAGUUUUUAUAUUCUGCUAAAAAAUCGUUUGUUGAAAAUGCUUAAGUUGGUGAAGGAUCGCGCAAACGGUGCCGCCGGGCAAUCUCCACCACCUGACAUCAUUCGGCAAUUGGCCGACCAGCAGGCUGAAUUUUUACGUGUCAUGACGGCAAACAUGGCUCCCGUACCUACCGCUUCUCAUGUGUUGGCUAGAAACAGUGCUAUACCUCUGCCUACCGAUCUGAAAUUGCCACAAAUGAAUAUGCCUAUCUUCAGUGGCAACUACCUUGAAUGGGAAUCCUUUUUUGACUUGUUCGACAGUCUGGUGCACCAAAACCCAGGACUGAAAGAUAGUCAGAAGCUGUACUAUUUAAAAACGAAUUUAUCGGGUGAGGCGGCUUCAUUGAUCUCGCAUCUAAAAAUUACCGAUGCAAAUUACGGACUCGCUCUAGAGAAGCUAAAAUCAAGGUAUGAUAAGCCACGUGAAAUAGCAAAUCAGCAUAUCAAACGAUUUUUAACUCAGCCUCCGCUAGCAUCAUCUUCAGCGCACGGCUUACGAUCGUUGCACGAUAUUUCGGAUGAGGUAAUUCGUGCUUUAAAGGCAAUGGAUAGGGAGGAUCGUGACACGUGGCUCCUGUUCAUACUCAGCGAAAAGGUGGAUGCGGACACGAAACAGCUUUGGUGUCAGAAGACUGCCGAAAUGGAAGAAGAUGACGUGAACCUACAAUGCUUUCUAAAAUUUAUUGAAUCGAGGAGUUUCGCUUUGGAGUCAGCUCAAUCAGUGAAGUCGAAAGCUAGUGUGCCCUUCAAACAACCUUCCAAGCUUCAAUACAGAGGCGCCACCGCAUUCGUCGCCACGAAUCCUCCGCUCUGCAACGUUUGCUUGAAGCAAAAUCAUCAUCUUUACCAAUGUGGUAAAUUUCUCCACAUGAGCCACGACGAACGCCUCGCUCAUGUAAAUAGGAUGAAGCUGUGUAACAAUUGUCUUAAAACACAUCCAGGUGAAGCUUGUAAAGCAGGUACGUGUAGAAAGUGCAAUUUAUCUCAUCACACCCUGCUGCACCAUCACUCGUCACCAGCAAUCACGCAGCCAACCAGAUCAGCAUCAGUCAUGGCCCAGGCAAAUUUAGGACAGUCGGCUCAGUCUUUAAUUUCGGCCCUCGACUCCCCUACCUGCAUCGAUGCUUCUAAUGUGCUUCUUGCUACCGUUGCAAUUAAUGUUCUGGACAGCAAUGGACACCCUCGAGCUUGCCGUGCAGUGCUAGAUUGCGCGUCUCAAGUUAGCUUCAUAAGUGAAACAUUCUGCAAGCAGCUCGGACUCAAAACGCAAGCAGCCGACGUAAGUCUUGAAGGCAUUUCUGCUACACCCGCGCACGCUAACAAGUGUGCAGAAAUAAUCAUCUCAUCCCGCUGUACGGACUAUCGCACCUCUGUGCCUUGCAUUGUGUUGGAGACCAUCAGCAAAACGCUUCCCUGCAAGCCAGCUAAUAUCGAUGAUUGGCCCAUACCAGGAUCAGUGCAUCUGGCUGAUCCACUCUUUCAUCGCCCGGGUAAGGUAGAAGUGUUGCUGGGCAUUGAAUUGUUUUUCCAGUUACUGGAGCCCGGCAAAAUAAAUCUCAGUAUUGACGACAGCUUACCAACAUUACAAAAUACUAAGCUCGGCUGGGUAAUCGCAGGCCGCUAUCAUGAACCCAAAUAUGAUAAUGAAUCUCAUACCUCAACCUGCUUGUUGACAUCGACCGACGGUGAUCUCUCUCAGCAACUGCGCAAGUUCUGGGAAUUAGAAGAAUACUCAACCACUACCAAUCAUCUCAGCGAAGAGGAACAACUUUGCGAGCAACAUUUCGCUGAACACACAGUCCGAGCGGAGCAUGGAAAAUUUAUAGUCAAGCUCCCAUUUUUGCGUGACCCGAGUCAACUGGGUGAUUCAAAACAAAUUGCGGAGAGAAGGCUGUACCACCUCGAGAGGAAACUCGACCGAAAUCCUCAGCUCAGAAGCGAAUACCAUGCUUUCAUUCGUGAGUAUAUUGAUCUCGGCCACAUGUCACUUGUUGAAACAAUUUCACCCAAAAUAUCGGUUUACCUGCCACACCAUUGCGUGGUUAAAACUACAAGUACGACCACCAAAUGCCGGGUUGUGUUCGACGCUUCGGCAAAGACCACCAAUGGUCUCUCGUUGAAUGACACGCUUAUGUGCGGACCCGUCAUCCAAGAUUCAUUGAUCAACAUUUUGUUGCGUUUCCGUUUCCCACCAAUCGUUUUGGUCGGAGAUGUAAAACAAAUGUACCGUAUGAUAUGGUCGAACAAGGACGAUUGUGCCCUUCUCAAAAUCUUGUGGAGAUGGAAUAAGGAUGAAAGUGUGAAGGAAUAUCGUUUAAAUACGGUGACGUUUGGAACCAAAAGCGCAUCCUAUUUAGCCACAAAAUGCGUUCAGCAGCUUUUGGAGUCGUACCGCCAGCAAUAUCCCGUGGCUGUUGAGAAAGCUGAGAAGGGGAUAUACAUCGAUGACGUUCUUACUGGCGCGUCGUCUGAAGCAGAAGCGAAGAUGUUGCGAGAACAACUCACCGAGAUGUUUGCAGCAGGUGGUUUUCAUCUCCGGAAAUGGGUAUCAAACUGUUCUGACGUCUUGGACGGAGUUCCUGAGGCAGAUUUGGAGCUGAAAAUCCCCAUCGAAGAAAACGGAAGCAGCAUCAAGGCUCUUGGUAUGCAUUGGCAGCCGUGCAGUGACGAGUUCCACUUUGCGUACUAUCCGAAAGAGAUCUCUCAGCCCACAAAACGCACUAUCCUAUCCCAGAUUGCCGGCCUCUUCGACCCUUUGGGACUUCUCGCACCGAUCAUCGUACGGGCAAAACUGGUGAUGCAGCGAUUGUGGGAGCUGAGGGUGGACUGGGAUGCAACUCCCCCCGGUGAGUCGAUCAACGAUUGGUUUGUUUUGGUGCAAAAGCUCUCUCUUCUUGAUUCAUUUCAGAUUCCACGCAGAGCAAUCGACAUGCGAAGCUGGUCUCGUCUCUACCUGCACGGUUACUGCGAUGCAUCCAACUCAGCAAUGGGCGCUUGCAUCUACAUACGAGCCAUAGACGACAAAGGGAAUGUUUCGUCUCAUCUUCUUUGUGCCAAGUCGAAACUGGCUCCCAUAGGCAACAACAGAACAACUAUACCUCGUCUGGAAUUGUGUUCAGCGGUCAUUCUCGCACGGCUUAUCUCAAACGUGAGAGCCGCACUCUCUUCGACGGCGUUCUACGAGAUAAAAGCGUUUUCUGAUUCGAAGGUGGCGUUGGCAUGGAUGUCGGCCGGUGCUGCGAAGUGGAAAACUUUCAUAGCAAAUCGUGUCGCAGAGAUCGCCACCCAUUUGCCUUCCAUCAACUGGUAUCACGUGGGUACUCGAGACAAUCCUGCAGACCUAAUCUCGCGUGGUGCAUUUCCCGAUCAACUUCAGGGAAACUCUCUUUGGUGGCACGGUCCCCCCUGGACGCCAUCUGGGACGGAGAAGAACUUUGCAAUGGGACUUGAGUGCGACACUAAUGAGCAACGGCAAAUUGAAAGAGAACAGCGAGUUACAACCGUGGCAUGUUUCGCUGUAUACGAGAACAGUUUUUUGGAUAAAAUGCUGUCCAGAUAUUAUCCCAAUCUGCAACUUUUGCUUCGCGUGACCGCUAGGCUGCUUCGGUUUAAUCAUCAUGAGUUCCGAGUCUCUGAUCGUUUAACACCCGACGAGAUCGAUUUCGCCUUAGUGAAAUAUCUUCAACACGUACAACAGCAGCAUUUCUCAGCAGAACUCAAGCAACUACAACGAGGCUCCGGCGUCUUGAGUAGUAGCUCUUUAAAGCAGCUCGAUCCGUUCCUGGAUGGAAACAGUCUCAUCAGGGUGGGCGGAAGGCUGCGUCAGUCCAAUUUAAGCUAUGAUAAUAAGCAUCAAAUUGUACUACCUCGACACUCAAGAUUGACUUCGCUAAUCCUUCUCUACGAGCACCAAGAGCACCUGCAUUGUGGCCCACAGUCGUUGCUAGCUGCCACCCGAGUACGUUUCUGGAUUCUUAAAGGGAGUAGUGCAGCCCGCAAAGUGUGUCGAGAUUGUGUGACGUGUCAUCGGGUCCAACCGGCGCGCAUGGAGCAACAAAUGGGGCAAUUACCAGCUGACCGUUUAAAACCACUUCCACCGUUUAGCAUCACAGGGGUUGAUUACGCUGGUCCGGUGCAAAUAAUCGGACGAAGGGCUCGUGGCGCUGUACCGACGAAAGGAUAUAUUGCCUUGUUUGUUUGCUUUGGGACACGAGCAGUACAUCUGGAAGCAGUUUCCGAUUUAAGUGCAUCAGCAUUCCUCGCUGCUUUCACACGAUUUAUCAGUCGAUACGGAGUGCCCAAUAGGAUGUAUUCUGAUAACGCUACAAAUCUGCGAUCCGCAGCGAAAAUUCUUCGGGAACUCUACAAGCAGAUCGAUUGUACAGAACGCAGUGACGAGGUUAACGACUUCCUAUCCAACCGGCGUGUUGAAUGGUUCUUCAUACCCGCGCGCUCUCCUCACCAUGGUGGACUGUGGGAGGCUGGCAUCAAAGUGACGAAGACUUUUCUCAACAAAAUUGGAGGUAAUUAUAACUACACCUUUGAGGAAUUAAGCACUCUUCUCGCCCAGGUCGCUGCGUGCAUGAAUUCGCGUCCGAUCUCUACAAUUUCGGACGAUCCCAGGGAUCCGCAACCUCUAACACCGGCGCACUUCUUAAUCCUACGGCCCCUUGGCGCGCUUCCUGAAGUCAAUCACUUGGAACAACAAAUUGGCUCGUUAUCCCGAUGGAAAUAUGUGCAACGUUUGGCUCAGGAAUUUCGGGUUCGCUGGCAGACAGAAUAUGUCCAAUCAUUGCAGAAGCUGGCAAAAUGGCAAUCUUCGUCACCAAACAUUGCCAAAGGUGAUUUUGUCCUGCUUACUGACGACAACGAGAAACCUCAGCAGUGGCCGCUAGGACGAAUCGUGGAGCUCUUUCCCGGGCAAGAUGGACUUGUUAGAGUGGUUGCAGUUCAAACUGCCAGCGGUGUUUUUCGACGUGACAUCAGGAAGCUACGUCGAUUUCCUCUGGAUAUGGACGAAUACGUGGCAGGAAGGAAUGGGUCGGAAAUUCCUACUCGGAAUUUGGUGGGCGGUUUAUGUUCGCGCAAGAACCAAGAGCCACCCUACUUACUGCGGUCGAAACGGAUCUAA